AUGCAUAGAGAAUGGAGGUGUUCUAAUCAAGGCUCGGAUACAGCUAAUUACCUGACCACAGCCAAACAAACACCAGUAGUAGCUCAGUGUAGGAACCUUGUCAAAUGUCGAUACCACUUUUUUUUUAAGAAACAGCCCCUACACAAGCUCUCGCGGAUAUUUGUUCCUUUACCUUUCCUAAACUUCCUUUUUAAACAACAACAGCAACAACUUCCUCAACUUCAACUCCCAAAACACCCAGAGUCUCUAUUGAGGAUCAAAAUAAAUCUGUUACAUAGACCAAUGCUCAUUUUGAUUAGGCCAAUAACAUUUGGACUGACGAGAAAAGAUUCCGACUUGUUGGUUAUAAUGGGCGCAAGAGUGUUUUCCAUAAGAACAGCACUGGUCUAG